UUGCCUUGUGCCAGACGUCGUUUGUGCUUCUACAGAGAAAUGGACACCCAGGGCAUCAACUUCUAUGACAAGGAGCUGGACAUAGGUCGCAUCGUAGCCGAGGCACAGCUGGAGGAUUGCGAUGAGGCGCUCAAUAUAUGCGACCUGAGCACUGUGGAACGCAAAUUCGAGCUGUGGCAAAAGCAGCUGCCACGCAUCACGCCCUUCUAUGCCGUCAAAUGCAAUGAUGACAAACGAAUUGUACAAACUCUGGCUGAUCUCGGCGUGGGCUUCGAUUGUGCCUCGAAGAACGAACUGAAACAGGUUCUCGAUUACGGCGUCUCGCCCGAUCGCAUCAUCUUUGCCAAUCCCUGUCGUCCAAUCAGCCACUUGGACUACGCCAAGCAGCAAAAGGUGCUCAAGGGCACCGUGGACAAUGAAUUCGAGAUUUACAAGCUGCACAAACACUACCCUGAAUCCAACCUCAUAGUUCGCUUCAAGUCCGAGGCAAAGGCCGCUCAAUGCCCGCUGGGCGAUAAAUUUGGUUGCGAUGCGGACAUUGAUGCCUCGGCGCUGAUGCUGCUAGCAAAAUCACUCGAUUUAACAGUAACCGGCACCAGUUUUCACGUUGGCUCCGGCUGCUCCGACAUGGAGGCCUAUGAGCGCGCCAUCAGGAAGGCAAAAAACCUUUUCAAGUUUGGUCAACUCCUGGGCUACGACUUGGAUCUAUUGGACAUUGGCGGCGGCUUUCCGGGCAGCGACGAUGAGCACUUCAUAAAGCUGGCUGACACGGUGAACAGUGCUGUGCAAAAGUAUUUUCCCGAUGAACGCAUUGAGAUAAUUGCCGAGCCAGGUCGUUUCUUUGUGGCUGCAUCAUAUACACUGGUCUGCAAGAUUCAUGCCAAGCGCGAGGUGCGCAACGCCGCUGGCAAGCUGGACACCGUUAUGUACUACUUGAACGAUGGCGUCUAUGGGUCCUUCAAUUGCAUACUCUACGAUCAUCAGACUGUAACAGUGGAGCAUUAUUUGCCUGCUGAUCCUUUGCUGCCCACUUUCAAGAGCUUGAUCUGGGGUCCCAGCUGCGAUGCUCUGGACAAGAUCUCUGAAAAUCUACGUUUGCCCUACUUGAAGUGUGGCGAUUUGCUGGGCUUUCCCAACAUGGGCGCAUAUACAGUGCCCAUUGCCAGCGCCUUUAAUGGUUUUCCCUUGCCGAAAACUCUUUACUUUAAGGCCAUAUGACUAAAUGAAUUGGCAUUGAUAAAUAAACAAGAGAUGUGUAUGUUAGUAACCAAUAUGAUUUUUAUUCAUUAUAAUUGCUCCAUUGAGAACUUAG